AUGACUAGUAAAACGAAUCUAAAAAGGAUCCGAGAGAUCUAUCUUAGAAAUGAUAAUGAUGAUCUUGAUAACACUGUUUCUGAGGAUGAUAAAUCGAGUUCUGGUUCAGAUUCAGAUUAUUGUGGAUCUGAAACAGAAUCCAAUGACACAUCCACUGAUGAAUAUAUUUCCAAAGAUGAUGACUCAUCUGAUUCGUAUGCUGCCGACAAUGAUACCAAUAUCAAUAUUCAACCAGAUACAUUAGAAAAAAAUGGUGUUCGAUGGACAAAAGAAUGUAACUCAAAUCAUGGUCGUCUUCGUGCCACUAACAUACUCAAGAAGAAAGCAGGUGCUGUUACUUCCGUUAACACAAUAGUUGAUGCUUUCAAGCUCUUCUUGAUUGAUGAAAUAUUAGAUGCAAUUAUAUUACACACAAAUAAUUAUGCACGAAGAUAUUAUAAUCAACUAAAUCAAAAAAGAAAUGCUGGUAUUUAUAAAUCAAAAUUAAUUCUAUGGAAAGAACUCGAUCGUAUUGAACUAGAAGCUUUUCUCGGUUUAUUAAUUCAAGCUGGUGCUGCACAUAUGAAUCAUCGAUCUAUUGAUGAAUUAUGGGAUAUAAGCAAAAAUUGUCCUUUAUAUCGUGCUACAAUGGCAUUAAAACGGUUUCAAAAUCUUUUACGAUUUAUACGAUUUGAUGAUCGUCUACAACGUAAUAAAUCUGAUCGACUGGCUCCAGUUCGAUAUAUUCUUGAAUCUUUUGCAAAACAAUUACCUCGGCAUUUUAUUCCAGGUGAUAAUGUAACAGUUGAUGAACAACUGGUACCAUUCCGUGGUCGUUGUUCUUUUGUACAAUAUAUGCCUGGCAAGCCCAGUAAAUACGGAAUUAAGUUUUGGCUUCUAUGUGAUGUUGAUGUUAGAUACACUUUAGCAUUAGAAUUAUACGCUGGUAAAAUAAAUAACGUGAUCCAACGAAACCUUUCUACAGAUGUUGUUUUACGUUUAAUUGAUAAAUUAUCUGAUCAAGUGAAGCAAGGCCGUAGCGUAACUUACGAUCGAUAUUUUACUAGUUUUGAAUUAGCUGAUGGUUUACUUGAAAGAAAAAUGACUUCAUUAGGUGUUGUCAAUCACAAACGUUCAUUUGUUCCCGGUGAAUUAAAAAUUAUUCGAAAUAAUCUUUACUCUUCUUGGUUUUAUUUUUCUGGUGUACAUACACUAUUGUCUUAUCAAGCAAAACAGAAAAAACCACCAAUUAUUUUAUUAUCAACUAUGCAUAAUAUUUCUGAGGUGUUCGACGAUGAAAUUAAACUUCCUGUUAUGAUACAUGAUUAUAAUCAAACAAAAUUUGGGGUGGAUGUGAUGGAUCAAUGUAUCAACGGUUACACAGUUCGUAGAAUAAGUAAAAGAUGGCCUAUGAUUGUGUUUUUUAAUUUAAUCGAUAUUGCAGCAAUCAAUGCAAUGACUUUAUGGUUAUGUAAAUAUCCAAAUUGGCAUAAUCAACGAAAACAUGUUCGACGUCUUUUCUUAGAAGAGCUCGGAAGAUCAUUAACAAAUCCUCAUAAUACACGUCGUAGUGAACAAUCUGGUCAUGCAUUAGAAGUAAAACUUGCAUUACAAUCUCUUGGUUUUGUGUUAAAGCCGAAAUUAUUGAUAAAUCAAGUACAUAUGGAAAAUUCUGUUAAACGAAAACGACGGUGUUAUAUGUGUCCAUCGCAUCCUGGCCGUAAAGUACAACAAGUUUGUGACAUAUGUAAAUAUAAUGUCUGCAGAUCUCAUUCAUCCAGUUUCACCAGUGUUAUUUGUCAUUCAUGUGCAGAAAAAUAA